AAACCAGCAAAGAUAUAUCCAUUCCACCCUAACAAUUCCCGAUAGCUCAACACCACCUAACUCCCAUAAACAGAAACAAAUAAAAACCCUACACAAAAUAAACCUAUGCUUCAAUCGAAGAAAAAACCUAAGUUAUGGUUAAAAAAAGCAAUGUCUCAUCCGAUUUUCUUGCGGCGGCGGUCGAUGUCAGAUGUAGUUUUCAGACGCUCGUAGUGCUUCUCGUGGCGGCGCUGGUGGUCGGAGCCGUUUAUCUGACGGCGGAGAGCGGCUACUUGAUGCAAGAAGAUGAGGAGGGGCAGAAGGUGAGGCCAGCCGUCUGCGAUUUGUUUUCCGGGAGAUGGGUUUACGAUAACGAGUCUUAUCCGCUGUAUAAAGAAGAGGAAUGCACGUUUAUGUCGGAUCAAUUGGCAUGUGGGAAAUUCGGGAGAAGUGAUUUAAACUUUCAGCAUUGGAGGUGGCAGCCUCACCAAUGUGACCUUCCUAGGUUCAACGCCACAGCAUUAUUAGAGAGAUUAAGGAAUAAAAGGUUAGUUUUCGUUGGAGAUUCACUGAAUAGAGGGCAGUGGGUUUCUAUGGUGUGCUUGCUCGACAAAGUUAUCCCACGUGGCCGAAAAUAUAUGCACAACAAUGGCAGUGCCUUGAUCACCUUCAAGGCUAAAGACUACAAUGCGAAAAUCGAGUUCUAUUGGGCUCCGUUGCUAGUGGAGUCAAACUCAGACGAUCCGGUUAGUCACCGAUUACCGGAUCGCAUAGUGAGAGCUCAAGCAAUUGAGAAGCACGCGCGUCAUUGGAGUGAUGCCGAUAUACUCGUUUUCAACACUUAUCUAUGGUGGAGAAGACCUCAAAUGAAAGUUUUGUGGGGUUCAUUCAAUACUACAGAUGGAAUAUAUAAGAAAAUAAAGAUGCUUCGUAGCUACGAGAUGGCUCUAAAAACGUGGUCGGAUUGGUUGGAAAUUCAUGUGAAUCGCACCAAGACCCAACUGUUUUUUAUGAGCAUGUCCCCAACUCAUGAGAGAGCAGAAGAAUGGGGAGGAAUGAAAGGAGGAAAUUGCUAUAGUGAAACUGAAAUGAUAUCAAAGGAAGGGUAUAUUGGAGAUGGAACAGACCCUAACAUGAUGAGGAUAGUAGAUGCUGGAGUUUAUGAACUCCAAACAAGAGGUGUAAAUGUGCAAAUGAUAAACAUAACUCAACUCUCAGAGUAUAGAAAAGAAGGCCAUCCUUCCAUUCAUAGAAAACAAUGGGAGCCCUUGACAGAAGAGCAAAAAUCUAAUCCACUUGGUUAUGCAGAUUGUAUACAUUGGUGUCUUCCAGGAGUUCCUGAUGUCUGGAACGAACUAUUGUAUGCUUACAUUUUUAACAAUGUAUCCAACUAAAAGUUGGCGUUAUUAUUUGUCACGAGAUAAUUUUACCAAGGUAAAAUUAUAGUACUAACAAAAAUGAAAUGGAAAUGUUUUUUUUUUACAUAA